UUGGGAUACGAUUUAUGAAUGGCGCGGGUGUGAACGAAUUUCUUCGAGUCAACAAAAAUCACCAGCGCGAUAAACAGAGGCACACUCACACGAUCGCGAUUAAAAACAACACUCUCCAUUUAACUAUAAAGAAAUCGUUUGUUUUUCGGAAAACAAAUAAGAGAAAAUAUGAGAAACAAGCGUGGAAAUUGCAGUUGCAAAUAAAACAAACGCAUCGUUUGUCAGGCUUGAAUUUCGCACGGUUUCAGCACAUCCCCCCAAAAAAUAAGAAAAUAAACAUUCCCUUACCCCUUUUUUCGAAAGCAAAGAAAAAAUAUAAAUAAAAACUAUAUACAGGAAAAAUGUAAAGCUAAAUAGUGCAUAAAAAUCGGUUUUCUUUGCGGUUCGGUUCCGUUCUUAUAGAGUGUGCGUGCGUUUCUGCUUCCCCCUAUCUGUCUCCUUCUCUUUCUUCUGGCCCCACCGCCAUCUCUUUCUCUCGUCAGCGAGAGAACUGGGGGAACGCGUGUGCUUUUGUUUUCGAUUACGUUUACUACAUUUUUUGUACGCCCCAUAGAAAAAAACAUGACGAAAUGUUGUUGUUGAAAACGAGAAAUAAAUACAAGUGAUUACAAGAAAUUUAUAAAAUAAACGAAGUAACGAAAAUAAAAGAGAAAUUAUACAUCUCAAGAUAUACGAAAAGAAAAGUAUUGUGAAGAAAUACACAAAAGCGAAAUUCUAUUUGGUGUUUAUGGAAUUUUCAGUGGUGUUGUGAAACCGAAAAAUACGAAAGAAGCAAAAGUUACAGAUACUCUCUUCUCGUGAACCAGCUGCAAACGCAUCUAAAAAGCUUGGACAUUUCGCCGGGACAUUUUGCAUGAAAAUUGCAGCCGAAAAAGAAUCACCCUGCAUGGCUAUACGACAAUGUCCAAUGCUCGCGAGCUGGCAUUGAUCGAGAAAUGGGCUGACAUUGCUACGCCGGCGACGCCGAAUCGGCCGACCUUAUCGCCAACAUCGCCGCCAGCACUCCAUCGAUCCAUCGUGAAGUUCUGCUGCUGCCCGCAGCGAAGGCGCUACAAUCUCAAGCAGGCCAAGAGCAACAGCAACAACAGCAGCAACAAGUCGACGGUCAACACGCUGCAUGCCAGAAAUAUAUUGGUCGAUAGCGAUUUCAGCUAUAUUGAUGAUGUGCCGCGGCGACGCCAAGAUUGCCACAACGAUUACGACGAUUGCGACUACGACUGUGGCGGCGAUAAAGCAGAAGCCGAUGAUGCCAAUGAUACCGCCGCUGCUCCGAGAGACGACGGAAAUGUGGCGCUGAUAUUAAUGAAUCAACGAAAUCUGGCCAAACAAUGGCGGCAGGACAACAAAGGCAACAGCAGCAGCAACAAAGUAGCAACAGCAGCAGCAGCAACAGCAGCAACAGCAACAGCAGCAACAGCAACAGCAGCAGCAACUAAAACUUGCGCUGUCACAAAGAGCCCGCCAAGUGGCAAUGAGCAACAGCAACACCAGCAGCAGCAGCAGCAGCAGCAACGACAACCAACCCAAAGACUAAGCAAUAGCUUGCAACAGCAACAGCAACACCAACAAUUGCAACAGCAACAGCAACAGCAACAUAGCAAUAAGGAAAAUACACUAAGCUACGACAACAACAACAAGCCGCACUGUAAUUAUUGUAAAUUACCCGACACCGCCGUGCCCCAAACGAAUAGCAACAGCGACUCGAAAAUUGAUUCACCGAAGUCGUCGCAGAAUAAAAUGACAAUUACGACAGCAACAGCAACAGAAACAGAUACAGCAACGGCAACGGCGGCAACAGCGACAGCAGCAACACCAGACACACCAGCAACACCUAAGCCCCGCAUUGCAGCCCGUCCGACCACGCCCAGCCGCCUUAAGACUGUGAUCAAAACAACAAUGGUGAAGCGGAGUCCUAGCCAUGACUCAACGGCAACAGCGGCAGCACAUGUGUUGCUGCCAAACAGCUGCAACAGCAACGGCAACAGCAGCAACAUCAGCAACAUCGGAGCCCAUGACGAGCCCAGACGUUCGGUUAGGGAGCGCAUCGCCGCCUUUGCGGCAGGAAAUGAGCCACAGCAACCGGCGACGCGGCAACAUGACAAAGUCAAGAAGUUAACUAAAAUGCAGUGCAAUAGCAAUACAAAUCAAAACAACAUGACGGGCGAGGAUGUGAAAAGUGCAAUUAGCAACGGCAACGCAGGCAGCACUGGCAGCACAGGCAGCACAGGCAGCACAGGCAGCGCUGGCAGCGCUGGCAGCACUGGCAGCACUUCAGCUAUCGCCGCUGACACGACGCGCCACAAAUCGGGAUUAAGUGAUGUGCCGGCCAGCGGAGACGUUGAUGGCCUUUCUCGGCCAACUUCAUCUGAAACCACAUCUGCCGUUUCAGCUCCGAGCGUUUUUAGCACCGGUUGUGCAACCAUGCCGCGAACUCGCCAAUACGGAAGCAAUGUUGCUGCCGCCGCGGCGACAGGAGCAACAUCGGCAACGGGAGCAACAACAGGAGCAACUCCUGCCAGCAGCAGCAUGACAGCUGAUAAGAAAUUCUUGAGCCAGGCGACGCCCGUUCAGGGGCAUCAUCAUCAUAAGCUGCAAUUUGCCGAUAAGGCCGAGUCCAAAUUGGCCGCACUGGACAGUCUGGACCUGGCCCACAGCCUCGAUUUGCUGGACGUCGAUGGCGAGGAUCCGUACGGAGCUCUGCAGGAUUACUUGGAGCGUGUCAAGCGGGAAAUCAACGAGGUCUUCGAGCUGCGCAAGGUCCAGCGUUUGGAGCAGCAGCUCCGUGAGCAACUGGAGGAGCGGCUAUCGCAGUCGGGAGUCCAGCAGCUUGAUGAAUUGUCUCGUUCCACGGAAUCAGAUAGCGGCUUUGACAGCAGCAGCACCACAGCCACAUUGGGCACACCAGCUGGAGCUGGUGGAACUGGAGGAGCUGGGGCAACAGGAGCAGUCACAACGGGCCAGCCAGUGACAACUAAACUUAGGGCCCUGCCGCCACCGCCCCUCAGUCCCACCAAGACCCCGACGAAAUCCCUAACCACUCCACCUGUCCAGGCGGACGAUGUUAACAUUUGGGCCUGCAAGUUCCUACGCGAUCUGGACAGCCUGAUGGCCACGGGCGAUAAGCUGCCCCCGCAUCUGGCAGCCCUGGCCGAAGGAUCCGGUUCCGGUUCGGCCAGCAGUUCGCCCACCUCCAGGACGGCGCCCCUCCUCCUGUCCGCCGCCGCCUCGGCGGCCAUCCAGAGUCGCUACGGCAAGGGCUCAUCCAUCAUGGAGCAUCAGCUCCAGCAACAGCAGCAGCAGCAGCAGAACGGACUCGUCUUGAAACCGGAGAAACACGCCACCAUUCCAUUGCAAUCGUUUUACCUUGGCUGCGGACGCAACGAGGCAUCGCCGGCAACCAAAUCGAAUGUUGCCUAUAUGCGCACCCUGUCGGCGCCGAACGGAGGAUUGGCGGGAGCAGCAACUGGAGGAUCCGGAGGAGCAGCCCUCCCCCCGCACAGUCAGCGCAAGAGUCUGGCCUGCCCCCCACUUAAUGGCCAAGCGGACACAAUAACUCCGACACCGGCAACUCAUAAGCUGACAAAUUUCCAAAGCGCAUUGAAAAUCGAGGAGAUGGCAGCGGCGAAGGCAACAGGUGAAUCCACGGCGACCACCUUGGAGGAUUUGAAAUCUAGGCGACAGCGACAAUUGAGCGGCGGCGACAUGGAGACAAUGCUGGCCUCCCAGCCGAUGUCGAUGCCAAAACGGGUGGGCAUUAAUCAUGCGGCGCUGACGAGCAGAAAUGCCAUAACCCCGCCGCCGGCAUCCGCAUCCCAGUCAGCCUCGGCCAAAGGCUCCUCCUCCUCCUCCUCGGCAGCAACCAGCACUCCCGGCUACCUGGUGGAUGUGACCAAAAAAGGAUCCACUUCGACCAUUUGGACCUGAGAGUCCAUUCUGCGCAGCGUUGGCGCCGUCGAUGAAGACAAUAACUCCACUUCGUCUUCCUCGGCCUGUGAGGAGGCCACGGGUGUCCUGAGUUCCGGCAAAUCGGGCAUUUCAUUGGACUCUUCGGGACUGGACAAUGAUAACAACGAGAGUGGCAUUGGCACGGCCACUCCGCCGAAGGACAUGUCCCACUACUGGAAGAGCCACCUGCAGCACCACCACCAUCAUCAUCAUCACCAUCAUCACAGGAAGUGUGUGGGAGGUGGCCACGCCCAGGACAAUGAGUCGGUGAGCAGCCUGGAGGCGAUGCGCAAGAUGAAGUUCCAGAAGAGCGGCUCGGUGGCCUCCUCCGAUGAUCCCGAUCUCCUCGAGGUUCUCAGCCAGUGUGGCAGUGGUGGCGAGGCGGCCAAUUCCCAGGACGAUAUGCUGGACGAGGAGAAGGACAAGGCAGGCAAGUCGCAGGACUACGAUGAGUGCCAGAACGAGUUCGAGAUGUGGGAUUGCGACUGCACGGAUGGGGAUGCCAGUAGUGCCAGCGGAGGAGGUGGGGUCACAGCCACUCCGGUUCUGCGAAAGAAGUACACUGCCCCACCGCCGAUCCUCGUGCCCAGGACCCAGAGGAGCCACUCCCUCGACCACUACCAUUCCCCGCAGCCCCUUCUGCAUCCCAGGAAGGUCCUGCCCAUCCAGCACCAUGCCAUGAAGCACAAGGAGAGGGGUCAGCUCUCGCUAGUUUUGCGGCAGGAACCCUUCCAGUCGCUCCUGAGUCCCUCGGCCAAUGCUGCCAAUCAGUUGCACCACUUCGUGGAGUUGCCCUCGCCCAGCAGCGCCUCCUUGCACAGCGGAUUGGGCGACUCUGGUGGCAUCCAGGAGCUCUGCACCAAGUCCAACUCGGCGCCGAUGCUGCUCAAGGAGCGCGAGAUGGGCCGGCGAUUCGAUAAUUUUGAAGCUCCGCAUUUGACGCUGCGCUAUUCUCGUUCGCAGAGUGAUCGCUAUUUAGCAGAAAUCGAAGCCGUGGAGGCUUGCAAAUGGCUGCGAGCUGCAGGUUUUCCGCAAUAUGCACAGAUGUACGAAGAUCAUCAGUUCCCGAUCGAUCUGAACAAUGUAGCCAAAGAUCACACCAAUCUCGAGAACGAUCAGCUGCAGUCCCUCUACCGCCGGCUCUGCGUCCUCAAUCGGUGUGCCACCAUGCGGCUGGACCAGUCCCACAAACCGCAAACACCACAGCAAAAGGAGGAAUCGGAUGAUGAGAACUUCGCCCUGAGCGAGCACUGGACAUUCCAACCGCACAUUCGCCGCUGGUCGCGGAUCGGGGAGAUGGGCCUGGAGCUGCCGCCUCCGGGAUUGCUGAGCCUGAACGUGGAGAAGACGGAGAGCUCGUCGAAGGAGUCUAGUCCGGAUCGGUUCGAGGAGGAUGGCGCUGGGAUCACGCUGGUGAUUCCCGGCUGCAGCAAGGCCAGUGGUGGCGUGGCCACCGAUGGCUCCUCCCUGGGCGAGGGCUCCGAUGGCGGUCGCUUGAGGAGAAGUGGCAGCGAACGGAUCAAGGAUCAGGCCAAGGCCCUGAGGCGGGUGGAGUCCAUCAAGUCGCGACGUCGCAAGCGACAGAAUCGCGAGAAUGUGGUGAUCAGUGGACCCACAGUGCUGGACCUUUCGCAAUUCAACCAGCGGAGUAGUCUGCGCAAACCGGAUGCCGUUUAUUCCACCCCGCCCUCACCAUCGGCCUUGAGCCCCAUGCACACAUUCCCCAAGGCGCCGUUCUUCGGCAACGACCUCAAAGUGCCCAGUCACAGCGACAACUUCCUGAGUCCCAAUCGCUCCAGUCCCAAGAGGACGCCCACCACUCCCCGCUCGAUGAGGACCAGCCCGCUGCACUUCUUCUCCAGUCCCAUGUCGCAGCUGAAGGAGGGCAAGUCCGAUGAUUCCUCGUCCUAUUACAGCGACAGUCAGGAGUCCUCGACGGGGGGUAAAUUGUCCCUGAGGAAACCCUCCAAGGCCCGAAGAUUCCUGCAGCGCACGGGCAGUGAUGACAUAGGUGCCCAUUCCGACUCGGAGUGUCAUCAGGGAAGGAAGCUCCUCAUCAAAUGCCAAUCCAAUACCACAGAGGUCAAGAUAAAGAAGUUGACACGCGGUGGAUCUCUGAUGGGAAAGGAUCCCAAGAAACGCGAAGGUUUCCGCUCCUCAUCUUUCCGCUCGCGAAGCAUCCGAAAGGAACCCAAGAAUGAUGAAGAUCAGGCUGGUGGUGGUGCCACAAAUGGUGGCUCCAAGCGACAGCCGGUGGUGCGUUGGCACAGUUUCCAGAUGGAGGAGCGCCCCAAUAUGAUAUUCCGCAAGUGCUUCUCCAAGAAAAUAGAGCCACUGCAGGAGGAUUCGGGUGGCAUGCCCUUUGCCGCCAUGUCAGCGGGUCAACUGCAGAUAAUCCGGAAACUGGCCCUGGUCACCCUAACUGGACACAUGGAGCGAUACUGCCCGUCCCAUCGAUCCGGCUGGAACUGGGAACUGCCCAAGUUCAUCAAGAAAAUCAAGAUGCCUGACUACAAGGACAAGAAGGUAUUCGGUGUGCCGCUCCUGAUGAUCCUCCAGCGCAGUGGCCAAACCCUUCACGCCGUGCGAGCUGCCUUCCGUUGGCUGCAGCUGAAUGCCCUAGACCAGGUGGGAAUCUUCCGGAAAAGUGGAGGAAUCCGGAUCAUCAAGCUGCGCGAACAGAUCGAAGUCUCCGAUUCCACCGCCGAGUGCAUGGAUGUCUUCGAUCUGCAGCAGGCCUACGAUGUGGCCGACAUGCUGAAGCAGUAUUUCCGCGAGCUGCCCGAAUCCCUGCUGACCACCAAGAUGUCCGAGACCUUUGUGGCGAUCUUUCAACAUCUCCCCGCCGAAGUGCGUCUGGAUGCGGUGCAGUGUGCCGUGCUCCUGCUGCCCGACGAGAACCGGGAAAUCCUGUACGUGCUGCUCGAGUUCCUGACCAUUGUGGCGGCCAACUCGCAGCAGAACCAGAUGACCAGCAACAACCUGGGCGUCUGCCUGGCUCAGUCCAUCUUCCACUCGUCCAUCUCGACGGGAUCCGCCUCCGUUUCCGCCUCACCACGUCGCAAGGGCAAGGGAUCCGGCAUGCCGGACAUGAAGGAGCUGGCCGAGGCCAAGGCCUCGCACGAGUUCUCCUUCAUGAUCGAACACUACAAGCAGAUCUACACGGCCGCCAAGGAGAAGCUGGCCAAGUGCAACUUCAGCUACAUGGAGGAGUCGAAGCCCCUGCCCCUGGAGGCCCUCGGCGAGGGCAUGCAGUUCCACAACUGGCGGGGAUACCUCUACGAGUGCACCAGUGCCACCAUCAAGGAGGGUCGCGAAAAAACCCGCGGCUGGUUUAGCGUUAACUCGCUGAAUGACAGUAAUGUGGACAUUGCCUACAAGAAGGUGGGCGAUGGUCAUCCUCUGAGACUCUGGCGCUGCACCACGGAGAUCGAAGGACCCCCAAGGGAGGCUGAAUUCGUGAUCAAACAAAGAGCCACGUGGGACACGAAUUUGCUGCAAUGCCAGACGGUCAAGAAACUGGACGAUCGCACGGAGAUCUAUCAAUAUGCCUUGGACGGCCAGCUCUCCACGGACUUUUGUGUGUUGCGUUCCUGGCAAACCGAUUUGCCGCGCGGUGCCUGCGUUAUAGUGGAGAUCAUAGAUCAUGCCAAGGCCAAGCCUGUUUUCGGGGCGGUAAGGGGCGUGGUCCUGGCCUCCAGGUAUCUCAUUGAGCCCUGUGGCAGCGGCAGAUCCAGGGUUAUGCAUCUGGCCAGAGUGGAUGUCAAGGGCAAGACACCGGAAUGGUACAACAAGAACUACGGACACAUAUGCUCGCAUUACCUGUCCCGCAUUCGAUUGGCCUUCAAACGUGCCGAUGGACCCGAAAGCAAGGUCUAAACGAUCAAAAUAUAUACAAAAAAAGGAUCUAACCAUCUGUUUGAUGGUUGUUCGCUGUAUUCGUUGUCUGUCGCAAAACUGACGCAUUUAUACGUAAAAAUAUGAUAGCUGGAGGAUCGGAAUAGCCCCGCACUUCGAACAACCCAACGAUUACGCAAGAAAACCCAAUAAAAACCCAUGGACCACAAACACGAGCUUCAGUUUCAUCCCGACCAAAAGCGAUGAAGCGAGAUCAGAGAGAAUAUAUUCUUGUACAUACACCUUGUAGGUUUCUUAAUUUAGUUUUCGACUUAGAUUUAACUACUUAGUUUACUGUAUUAUAUUUAUACGUGGUCUUAAUUUAUACGACAAUAGCAAUCUAACAUCCAAAAUACUCAACACACGUAAAUAUCACAAAGUAUAUCUUAACGAUUUCUCUUGCUAAAGUUUACAUCUACGUUUACGGCACUCCAAAUCUUUAAUGUUAAUUAGUUUGUAGUCUUGGCAAUAUGUUAAAAAACGUAUAUUCGGAAAAGAGCAGAAAACAGCAAAUGCAAAAGCAACCUUAAAAUGUGUAAAGCAAAUUCAACUAGUCAAAUUUAAUACGUUUAAGUUAAAGUACUAACCCCAAAUACACUCAUUGAUUUGGCUUCAGAUAUCGAUUGAUUGAUUGACACCGCAUUACCUGAGUAUGUGCCCGUUGAUCCAAUAAAAAGUAUGAUUGUUUCCAUUGUGCGGUGUGAAAUCGGAAUUAUUAUCACUAUCGUUAGUUUAUGGAUGGCCCUAAGAUCCCCGAUCAAUAUAUAUAUACUAUACUAUAUACUAUAGUUUUAUAUGUGUCUAUAUAAAUACGCUACCACAUAAAUCUAUAAUCGAGUGUUCGAAGGGAGCAGUAACUCAAAUAUUCGAUGCAUAAAGCAAAUCGCAAUAAAAGAGCAUAUUAUGGAAAUGCGACCAAUAUAAACCAAA